AACUGUCAAAGUUCUAAGCAAAACUUUGGUAAUAUUUGCAUCUAUUUUUGGAACGAAAAUUAGAAAUAAUUAUGUGUUACGCUGUAUUUUUGAGUUGUUAAAGAAACAAAAAUUGUGACCAACAAUGGAUUUCUUUUCUGAAAUUAUAGGGGAGACUGUCGUCCUUGGAAUCGAUUCUCUUAUAUUAGGAUUUUGUGUAAAACAGCUGAGUAAAUGUAAACAUAUCUUGAACGCCUUGCAGACAGCACCAAUACUUGAUAUUGACUCAACAUUAAAUAAAGAGAUUAACAAAUACUCAGACCAGGUGAUACCAUAUGUUGUGAUCAGAGGGCUGGUGAAACCCCUCGGUAAUCCAAUAGUUAGCAAUUACAAUAACACUGUUACUGGUGUCAUACAGAGGUUAACAAUAAAGGAGCAUGUUAUUGCGAGAACAUCUGCUGGGUUCUGGUCGGACCAGACUCGCACCAUACAUGAAGUAUACAACUCAACACCAUUUGUUCUCAGUAAUGGGAAGUAUAGUAUUGAAGUUAUAGAUGCAUUGGCAGCUGAGUUGUUGGAUCUUGAUGUGAUAUCUGACAAGUUCGAACCCAUGUCGCCUGGCGUCAUUGAUCAUGUGUGGGGCUUCUUCUCUGGAGUCCGGCAGCGCGGCCUUCAGACAAUGGAGGAAAUGCUCCGCGAUGGCUCAUACAUCACAGCAAUAGGAGAACUCAGCAGGACACAAACUGGUGCUUUAAAAUUACAACCACCUAGAGAUGGAUUGCCUCUCUACCUCACUACAGCCACUAAGUCUAGUUUACUGAAAAGGCUCGCCAGCUCUAGAGAUUUUUUAAGGAUCUUGCUGGUUGUGUUUGGGGCGGUAGCAGUUUUAGCAUCGGGUCGUGUAGCUUACAAGUACCUUAAGCGUCGCAAGCGGCGACAGUUGGAAGAGUCGUUGAAGCGGCAGCUCGCCGCCGGCCGCAAGGAGCGCCGCGCGCACGCACGGGAGAAGAACCUUACCGAUGUGCAGCUCUGUGUGGUCUGCUCGGAGAACCCUAAAGAGAUAAUAUUACUACCCUGUGGUCAUGUUUGCCUCUGUGAAGAUUGCUCGGAAAACAUCAAAGACAAUUGUCCCAUUUGCAGAGAGCGGAUAGAGGCCCGCGCGCCAGCUUUUAUUACAUAGAUACAAGACAUAGAAUAAUCUACUUACUAGCAAAGCAUUGUUAUAGUUAUAUUUAAAAAUAUAUAUUUAACGUUAAUGAAAUUAGACAG